AUGAGGUCUUUCCUCGGUCUUCUCUUCCUCUUGUUCGUUCAACUCACCUCCGCCCUGAAGUUCGACCUCUCUGCCGUGAGCGGGAAGAACGAGCGAUGUAUACGCAACUUCGUCUUCAAGGACCAGCUUGUGGUCGUCACGGCCAUUGUGAGCGGAAAUAAGGGUGAUGGUCAGGUUGUUAACAUGCAUAUCAAGGAUGCGCUGGGCAAUGACCACGGUCGGCCUAAGGAUAUUGCCGGAGAGACUCGCCAGGCCUUCACUUCUCCCGCUGAUACUGCCUUCGAUGUUUGCUUUGACAACCAGCUCACCACUCGUCGUAUGUCUAUCCACCUUGACGCCGUUGCCAACCCCUACAAGUCUAUCGAGCUCGACGUCGACAUCGGUGCCGAUGCCCGUGACUGGUCUAGCAUUCAGGUCCAGGAGAAGCUCAAGCCUGUUGAGACCGAUCUCCGCCGUAUCGAGGAGAUGGUGGCCGAGAUUGUCAGCGAGAUGGAGUACCUGCGCGCUCGUGAACAGAAGCUGCGUGAUACCAACGAGAGCACGAAUGAGCGUGUGAAGUGGUUCGCAUUCGGUACUAUGGGUAUGCUGGUUGGAUUGGGUGCUUGGCAGGUUGUGUAUCUGAGGGCUUACUUCAGGUAUAAUCGUGAGAAAGAGAAGGUUCCAGAAAGAAGGCCUCUACCCAAAGUCGAUAGACCGUCGCUAGGUGCUAUUGUAUGUCACCACGAAGCCGCUAGCAAUAAGACAGCCAACGCGAUACUCUCGGUUGUUCGUCAAAACAGCGUGAACAACAAUGAUCGCGCACCAUCCACGGCCCCCGAGCAUCGCAAAAACCAGACAAACAAGCCCCCUAACCCUCAUGUGCCCAACACGACCUCUACCAUGACCAAGGACUUCCCCAAGGUCGGUGAGAAGCCGGCUCCCCCGGAGAUGUUGAACUCGGUCGACCCCAACUACCGGCCGGCGGAUCCGUACCCCGGAAGAGUCGAGCAUUUCACCGGAGGUCGCCAGGAGACGGGGGCUCAGAAGCCCGAACUUGGUGUUGGAGAGAUGGAGGGCAUUACCUUCAAGGUUGAGCCGCUGCGCCGGGAGGGCGAGGAUGUUACUACUAUGAGGGCUCGGUUGUUGUAUCAGAGCCGCAAGCGCGGAAUCCUCGAGUCUGAUCUCCUGUUGUCUACGUUCGCCGAUGUUUAUCUGGCCGAUAUGAACAAGGAGCAGUUGCAGGAGUAUGACCGGUUCUUGGAUGAGAAUGACUGGGAUAUUUACUACUGGGCCACCCAGGACCCUCCGGCUGAGGGAACUGAGGCUGCUGUUUCCACUGAAGCAGGCGCUCAGGAUACUCCUACGGAGACGUGGAAGCGUACUGGAGCCAAGAGCGGCGAGUGGGCGCAGACGGUUGGUGCUUUCAAGGCUGCAUACCGGCCCGUUCCGUCACGAUGGGCCGACUCCAAUGUGCUGAGACUCCUGCGUCAACAUGUUCAGGAUAACAGUGCCACGGGCUUCCAUGCUGCGAAGACCAAGAAGACUGGUGGACCUGGACUGGGACAGUCAACGACAAUUGCUCCGCCCGCGUUCAUCCCUCUCUCCUCCCAGACUCCCAACAUGGCUGAGCAGCUCGUCCUUCGCGGUACCCUUGAGGGUCACAAUGGCUGGGUUACCUGCCUGGCUACCUCUCUGGAGAACCCCAACAUGCUGCUCUCUGGCAGUCGCGACAAGACCCUGAUCAUCUGGAACCUGACCCGCGACGAGCAGGCCUACGGUUACCCCAAGCGCAGCCUUGAGGGUCACUCUCACAUCGUCUCUGACUGUGUGAUCUCCUCCGACGGUGCCUACGCUCUGUCCUCCUCCUGGGACAAGUCCCUCCGCCUGUGGGAGCUCUCCACUGGUGAGACUACCCGGACUUUCGUCGGCCACACCAACGACGUUCUCUCCGUUUCUUUCUCCGCCGACAACCGCCAGAUUGUCUCCGCUUCCCGUGACCGCUCCAUCAAGCUCUGGAACACCCUUGGUGACUGCAAGUUCACCAUCACCGACAAGGGCCACACCGAGUGGGUUUCCUGCGUUCGCUUCAGCCCCAACCCCCAGAACCCCGUCAUCGUCUCCGCUGGUUGGGACAAGCUCGUCAAGGUUUGGGAGCUCGCUUCCUGCCGUCUCCAGACCGACCACAUCGGUCACACCGGCUACAUCAACGCCGUCACCAUCUCCCCCGAUGGAUCCCUCUGCGCCUCCGGUGGCAAGGACGGCACCACCAUGCUCUGGGAUCUCAACGAGUCCAAGCACCUCUACUCCCUCCACGCCGGUGACGAGAUCCACGCCCUCGUCUUCUCCCCCAACCGUUACUGGCUGUGCGCUGCCACCGCCAGCAGCAUCACCAUCUUCGACCUCGAGAAGAAGAGCAAGGUUGACGAGCUCAAGCCCGAGUACGUCGAGAAGGGCAAGAAGAGCCGCGACCCCGAGUGUGUCAGCUUGGCCUGGAGCGCUGACGGCCAGACUCUGUUCGCUGGUUACACCGACCACAAGAUCCGCGCUUGGGGUGUCAUGUCGAGGGCAUAG